GAAUAUAGAUCUCAUAAGAGGACGCGGGCAUGUAAUCUGAUUACAGUUGCCAUUGGACUUUACUAUUUGAUCGUUAUGUGAACGCCAUUGGAUUGUGAAGGACACUGAAUAAGGGUAGGCUUCCUCGCGGAAUUAGACUCAAAAAGUAUAAGAGUAAGCUUGUCCCUUAGGUGCAAAUUUCAUUCCUUUAUGUUAUCGUCGUAUAAUAGCUACCCAUUGGUUUGUAUUUGUAGUUUCUUUUUCCCACGUGGCUGGUUUCUUUGACUGGUUGUCAGCACACCCCAUAUCCCCUCUGUUCUUUCUUUCUAAAUUUGUUAUGGGUUUUGCUGUCGUGUAAUUUAUGAACACGAUUUGUCAACACAAUUGAAAUUUAAUCCGUAAUGGAUAGACAAGGAUAGAAAUUUUUUCUAAUGUCCAAUUGAUAAUGUUAAACUUCAUGCCCCAAAGCUUUCAGGUUUCUGCUUUGCCAUGUAUUUUGGGCGAUUAACUGUUUGCUUCCUAACUAUCAAAUUGAUAAAAAAUAACAAUAAUAAUACAUGUCACAUGAAUUUGAUUAAAAUUAUAUUAAAAUGAAAAUGUUAGAUUAAUUAAAAUUAAAAUAAUUAAAUUAAAAAUAUAAAUACGUGCUUGGGUAUUUAAAAAUAAUUGUCUUUCAAAUUUAUUUUUAUUUAUAUAAUUAAAUUAAAAUUAUAAAGUAAUAGCAUAUAAAGUUGGAGAGCAUUUACAAGUUUAGUCUGGUGAGUUCAUUUGAGUAUAUUUUUUUAAUUUUUAAUUCUCAUUUAAAAAAAAACUAUAAUUUUUAUUUUAAAAAAAAAUCAUAGGAAAAAAAUUCACUCUCUAAGUGGGACUGGACAACAAAGGAGUAGGAGAAAAAUCAAAACCAUAAAGUAGAAAAAAAAUCCACUCUCAAGUGGGAUAACAAAGCUCUCAAAGGAGUAGGAGAAAAAUGGAGAAAAAAUUUCUGUAUAAAUUUUAGAGAGAGAAUAAUGGGUCUAAACUAGUCUCUCGCUUAGUUUAGCAAAGGGAUUGAACAUUUUAUGUUAAUUUGCAAAGUAAAUACCCAAUUACUUAAUUUCAAGCAACGUACAAAGAGAAUCCCAAUAAAAGUAGCUUGUAAGUUCUUUAUUAGAGAGAAAAAGGAAUGGUUUUCUGUGGAAGAGAGCAGUGAUAUCUUUUAGUACUUCUGCCAUAAAUAUGUAGGGUAGGGUUCUAAAUUUUGUUGUUGCAGGUUAAAAGUAAAAAAAAUUAAGGAUUUCCAAAAACGAUCCUAGGUCUCGUAACAUAUGAAAAGAAACAAGAGUCUGCCUUAUGGCAAUCAAGCACCAAUUCUUAACAAAAACCUUAAUAACAAUUCCCCACAUUCGUGGAGCCCAUUGUAUUGUGAGAGAGCCUGAUCUAGGCCCACUGAAAUUCCAUUGAUCAUUACUGGCCCCAAUUGACAUUCUUUCCCAUUUCAAUGCUAUUGGAGUGCCCAAUUUCUAAACAUUCUCUCGUUUCCUCGAAAAAUUUUCUUUUAUUUAUUUUUGGUAAUUCUUAUUUAUAUCUGGUGCACUAUAGAUAGAAAACAAAUAUAUGUGUAUCUCUUUAUAUAAAAAUUAUAUAGAAUUUUUGUUUGGACAGUGUGGUACAAAAUUGCAUAAAUUGACUUGUCAACGCGUGGGGAAACAUAUUCCUGAGUGAAUUCUCUAUCAACUUUACCGCAUUUCAAAUACAAAGCCCGCCAACGUCAUCCCUUCAUCCUUCUCUUUUCCUCCAAUCACAAGUACAUUUAUUCAAAUCUUACUUUUUCUUUUUCAUUCUCUUUCCCUGCUUUUCUUCCAAGCCUUCAUUCUCCUACAACACUCUCAUUCUUCUCUUACACCACCUCUUUACUGAAUUUUCUUCUUAUUUGCUUUAUAGUCUUCCAGAUGAAGCUGUUGCCAUCUCCUUCCAUUUCAUCUUCCUCCACUUCUACCUCUUUCCAUUCAAAUAUGUGCACUUCAAGAAGUGCCACUGCAAGUUGCCUUGCAGGUAUUCUUCGUCGACUUUUCUGCUCUAGCAGCCUCCCUACCCACCCAUCUGAUCCAAUUAUAGACACCACUUCAGUACUAUCUCACAGUAAGCAACAAGACUUCAUCAACUCUACUGACACGAGUGAGUCUGCAGCUACUGCUCCAGGGAUUGUGGCUCGGCUAAUGGGCUUGGAAUCUUUCCAGGAUGAUAUGCAGGUGAAUGGCUGUUCAAUAUCAAGGAGCCGAUCCAUGAAUUCUGUAGAAGUUAUUAAUGAUCAAAAGCGAGGCCGGUAUAAACGUGCUAAGAGUACAUUAUCCUUCUGUGAAAUGCCUAUUUUUCUAGAGCUGGAAAACGAGGAGUUCUUAGUCCUUAGCUUCGAAGAAACAGGCGAGAGGAAAGAAACUAGAUCGAGAGGAAGGAAAUAUGAAGUGGGUUUUGAAGAAUUUAGGGAGAAAACAAGAGAGAAAUGUAAAAGUAAGGGAAGCACCAAUGACAACGUACAGGUACUAUUAAAGAAAAAGAAGAUAAAGAAGAAGAAAAAUAAGGAUGACGAAGCGAUCAUCAACAAAAUGGUUUUGAAAAUUCUCAAUGAGGAACAGCUAAGUAAGGGAUCAUCAGACACGGAUGCACAAGAAAUUGCCAAAAUUGAAGAUUCACAUAAGAGAACUCUGCCUUUGAAAGACUCCUGUGAGAAAACAAAUGCUGCCUCUGUCUUGCAAGAAGCGAAGGAAUCACAUUGGAAAAAUGAUAAAGACGUUCAAAGUGGACCACAAUUGACGAAGAAAAAGAAGAAAAUAAAUCGGUGUGAACUGAAGAAUGAAGAACGCGAGGAGUGCAGCUCAGAAGAUUGGAGCCCUGUUUCUGUUCUUGAAUUCGAUCAAUUCAUGGUUGAUCAUGAACUUCUUUUAUCAGAGGAAGAUUCUUCAAGAAGGAAACUAUCAUCGAGGCUUCAUGAUCACUUCUCCGAGCAGAAUGAAGAUAACAAUUUCACUGGAAAUGAUCAUCCAAAUUCAAAGCCAAAGGAAGAAACCUGUGAAGAAUUGAGGAACAAGAUUAGGAAUGAUCAGCAUUACAUGAACAUGUGGAGUGAAAUUUUCAAGCUGGCUGAUGCUCAAUUUUUCAAGCCGAAUUCGAAGGUCGAAAAGAUUUGGAAAUACAAAGAUGUUGAAGACAUUAGUGUAGAAUUUAGUUUUCUAAUUUUGGAUCAAUUGUUAGAAGAGCUUGUAGAUCAACUUUCCUUGCCAGGGAAAAAUUGAACUUGUAAGAAGAUUACUUUUG